UGGAAGUCAGAACAUGAACCUGUGUGUUGGUUCUCGGAUCCAGGAGAGUCACGAGGUUCUGUUUUGAGGAACAUGGAGAACGUCAGUCUCGGAGAACGUCUGAAACAGCUCGGUGGUUCGGAUGGGUAGUCACUGCAGUGCUUUAGCCGGUCCUCCUACCGCCGGGGGGCGCUGUCUUCACCGUGACGCCCCCGUGUUUGGUCGUUUCCACGGCAACAGAACACCUGCGCUGUUUGUGUGUGAUGUUUCAACAGUAGGAGCCCACCUGAACCGUGUGAAGCACCGUGAAGUUGGAGAGGUUGAUUUGUUGUCUUUCACCUGAACAUGCUGCUGAGCCAGAAGAGAACCAGGGGUCGGGAGUUCACCGGGCCGACGCCUCACUCCGCGGCCGUGAGAGCCAAGUUCCCGCCGUCCAGGCCCGUGGACCACCUGAUCCUGGAGAGGCAGAAACAGGACGCGGUCCGGGAUGAAGUCCUGGAGUUCACCAGGUAUCAGCAGACCUGCGACAUCAAGAACUCAUGGCUGAAGAGUUCAGACCGUCACUUCCUGAGAGGAGCCAUCGAGAGGGAAGUGAGAGCUGCUGUGAAGCAGAACGAGUCCGACAUCGACGAGAGGAGACACAGGCUGGCUGAGCUGCUGGAGGCCGAGGAGCAGCAGCUGCUGCGGGAGCUGGAGGAGAAGAAGGAGACCACGGUGGAGAGACAGGCCAAGAUGAGAGAGAGAGCCCGACUCCUGAUGGAGAGGAGAGAGAGCGAGAGACAGCAGCUGGUGUCACACAAGCUGGAGCAGCUUUUCAUAGAGCGCUGUGAGGAGCUGCGCACCGUCCAGAACCGGCGGCGGGAGCAGCAGGUGUGCGCGGAGCGAGCCUCUCAGGUGAGGAGCCGACAGGAGCGGCUGCAGCAGCAGCGGGAGGAGGAGCGGCUGUUCGACCAGCUGUGGGAGGCGGACCGGCGAGCCAAAGACGAGAGAGAGAGGCGGCGAGCGCAGACGCAGCAGCAGAGGAACCAGGAGCAGCUGAACGUCCUGAAGACUCAGGUGGAGGAGGCCGAGCGGCAGAGACACAGGGACAAGGAGCUGAAGGAGGAGGAGGCGCGACUCAUGCUGCAGCAGCAGGAGACGCAGCUCCUGCAGGAGCAGCGGGAGCAGCAGCAGAGGCAGCAGGCUCAGCACACCAGACGUCAGCAGCUGGAUCAGGGUCUGAGGCUGAAGAUGAGGCGUCUGGCCCGAGAGCAGCAGGACGAGCUGCAGCUGGACAUGAGCAUCCUGCAGCAGCUGCUCCAACAGGAAACUGACCAGAAACAGGAAGCUGCUCAGAGGAAGGCGGAGCUGCGUGAGGAGCAGCGGAGGUACCGACAGUAUCUGUAUGAGGAGCUGCAGAGACAGAGGAGGGAGGAGCAGGAGACGGAGCAGCUGAUCGAAGACAAGCUGAGGGAGACCUGGGCCCGGAGGGAGGAGCAGAACCGCCUGCAGAGGGAGGCCAGGAACCGACUGAUGGACCAGGUCCUGGAGGCCCGACGCCUGCAGAUCCAGCAGAAACUGGUUCUGAACCAGCAGAAACAGGCGGAGCUUCAGAGAGAGGGGGAGGAGCUUCAGAGAGCGAUGGAGGAGAUGAAGCUGAAGGACGAGGAGGAGAAGAGACGUCAGAGGCAGACCUCCGAGGCGUACCUGGCCGACCUGAGGGCUCAGGUGCGGCAGCAGCAGCAGCUCAGGUGUGAGGAGAGGGCGGAGGCUCAGAGGGAGCAGCAGCAGGGUCGGAUCCUGCAGCAGCUCUACGACCACAAGAUGGACCAGAUCCUGUCCAGACCCACCUCCCACACCACGGCCCCCCACCCCUUCAGGAGAGCAGAGGGGCCCAGCUCUGCCCCCAGACCCACAUAGACCCGCUGGACUCAGUCUGGAGCCAGGAGUCUCCAUGACAACCAGCUGGUCUCUGAUUGGUUCAAAUAAAAUGUUC